AUAGGCUGACUGCUUUGUCAAAGAUUUUUGUCCAUAUUUUCCGCUGGGACUGGUCUACAGUAAGUGUACUUUUAAUGGUAAAUGUUAGUUUUUUUGGAUGGGGAAAAUUAAGGAAGCUGGAACUGGGCGUAUGAAGGAAUCCAGGAUGAACAUGGACAAGCUGAGCCAGCCGGAGCUGCUGACCCUCUUCAGCAUUUUGGAGGGGGAACUGGAGGCGCGGGACCUGGUGAUAGAGGCUCUGAGGGCCCAGCAGCGGGACGCCUUCGUGCAGGAGCGCUACGGGCGCUACGACCUCAGCGACCCCUUCCUGGCGCUGCAGCGGGACGGCGAGGCGGCGGGGGGGCGGGGCCGGGGCGAGAGGGCGGGGCCCGCGGCCUGCCCGAACCCCCUGGCCGUGCUGAAGCUGGUCAUGGCGCACUGCAAGAGGAUGCAGGAGAGGAUGAUGGGACAGCUGGCGGCCGUGGAGAGCCGGCACAGGAAGGUCAUCGCAGACCUGGAGGAGGAGAAGCGGCGGCAUGCGCAGGACACAGCAGAGGGGGACGACGUCACCUACAUGCUGGAAAAGGAGAGAGAGCGGCUCCUGCAGCAGCUGGACUUUGAGCAGGCGCAGGUGCAGCGGCUGGAGAAGGAGCAGCAGCGGCUGUGGGGCCAGGCGGAGCAGGAGCGCCACCGGGCCAGCGCCCAGGCGCGGGAGGAGGGCCAGCGCGUGGCCGAGCUGGGCCGGAGGCUGGAGGAGGCGCGCGCCGCCGGGGAGGCCCUGCGGGGGGAGCUGGAGGAGGAGCGGCGGCGGGCGCAGCAGAAGGAGGCGCGGGCCGAGCGGCAGCUGGCCGAGCUGGACACCGAGCGCGAGCAGCUCCGCGCGCGGCUGCGCCGGGAGGAGGGGCGGAGCCGGCAGCUCAGGGAGGAGCUGGAGGGACUGCGCCAGGAAGCCGCCGCCCUGAGGGGCGGAGAGGGAGGGGGAGGAGCCCCGGCGGGGGCGGGGGGGAAGGCCGAGGCGCCGAGCGGGAGCAGCGAGACGGACGGCGGCGAGAGGCCGCCCAGCGGAACGCCCGUCCAGCUCAGAGUGAACGGCCACCACGCCCCCAAGGAGGGCCAGGCUCCGCCGGAGAACGGGCUGGAGAACGGGACCCCGCUCUCCCCCGCCCACCCCCACCCCCAGCUUCACCCCAGCCUCUCCCCCUGCAGCACCGCCUCCUCCUCCCUCGCCUCCUCCCCCUGCUCCUCCCCCGUCCUGGCCAAGCGUCUGGCGGCCACGCCCGCCGGCAGCCCGGGCUUCCAGUCGCCCUACCAGGCCAGCGUGAACCAGCGCUUCCAGGCCGCGCGCCACAAGUUCCAGACCCAGGCGGAGCUGGAGCAGCACCAGCAAGGGGGGGGCAGCGGCCCGCAAUCCCCCCGCGACCUCUCCCCCACCACCACCCCCCCGCCGCCCCCGCCCCCGGAGCACAGCGCCGCCAAGCAGCUGGCCCGCAACACCGUCACCCAGGUGCUGUCGCGCUUCACCUGCCAGCAGGGCGGCGCCAAACCGCCCGCCCCCAACAACUCGCCCUUCGGCACCGACUACCGCAGCCUGGCCUCCCCCACCAAGGGCCCCGCCACCAGCCCCCUGUCCGCCGGCGUCAGGUCCCCGACCGUCGCCCGGUCCGAGAAGACCCACCCUCCUCCCAUACCCGCCAAAAAGCCCGGCCUGUCCCCGUCCCCGGCGUCCCCCACCGCGGCCAGCCGGUCCAGUCCCUUCCCAGAACUCUCCGGAAGCUGCGGGCUCAGCAGCGGCCAGGAGGGAGCCAAAGAGCUCGACCUGGUCAUGUCCUCCACCAGCUAACCGCCCGCAACCCCUGACCCCUGACCCCUGACCCCUCACCUCUCUACUGUCCAGCAGCGGCUCCAGCAGCCCAAGCGCUAACGAGCCAGAGCUCUCUGAAAACACUGUCCACUUUAUUUAUUACAUUAUUAAUGACUUUAUUUUUUUUUUUUUUUACAAUCUGUUGAUCUUUACAAAAAUGUAGUCUAGGAUUAAUGUGGUUAAGUAGUUAGAGGUUAGACGUUAAUAAACACAGACUAUAUUGAUUUUAUCUUUUGAUUUUGCUCAGCGUAUAAUGAUAAAACUGGUUAAAAAAGCCGGUAACUGUGACCAUAACAUUACAAAAGCACUAAGUAAUGGCUUCUGUUCAGGCAGCCAGGUGAAUACAGAGCCUGUCCAGUUGCCCCCAAGAUGAGUUAUCUGAGACGGGCUCCACAUUCUCUCACUGAUAACUUCCCUUCUUGGCCAAAAUGAGAGUCUUCCUGAAGCAAGCGAUGGGGGAAGGCAUUAUGGGGAGAACGUUUGGAGAGAAACCUUGGCCCCGUUCUCCUGGCCCAAGCUGCGACUGUCAAAGAGAGCGACGGGCGGGUUCGAGAAGCAGCUUUUCCGUGAUGACAUCACAGGCUGAGCGUCCGAGGGCUGACCCGCUUUGCCGCGAUCCGCGGGCUCCACGGAAACCUGACAUCGAUGGCCAGCAGGGCGGCAGCAGAGAGCUUGUGCAGGAUAACAGCGGACCAAAGAACCUCGUCCGUGUAGCUGAGCGUCCCAGCGACACCGUCCCCCCCUCCCCCCCCCCCCUCACGCUGAUGGAGCAGCUCUGUGUCCCCUCCCCACAGGGCCUACCUCAUCAGCUCUUGUGGCGGGAGGGGGGUGGGGGGGGGGAUUCGGGCCUACACUCUUCUUUCUUCCCCUACACAAGAGUGGAAGUGGAUGUACUUUACAGUUUUACAAAAAGGGAAUUAUUUUUUUGUUGUUGUUUUUUUAGAUGACUAUAUUCCUCAGUUCCACCUGCUGUAUUUAGAGAUCCAUGAAAACACCAGUUAAAAUCCCACUGUGACCCUGCACAAGACCUACACUGGGAACUGGGGUCAGUUUGGGCCAGUAACAUCUAACCCAGUUUCUCUAGGACAGUCGUAGAUGUGCGUAUUUAUGUGUAUGUGUGUGUAUGCUGGUUUUCGUUACAACCUGUCCUCCACGGAUUAACUGUCUCAGUUUAUUAAUUUGCUGUAUAUAAUAUACUCCUCUGGACUUCCCAAAAUACUUUGCUCUACAAUGUAUAGAGUGCAGUCAUAAAUUCAGGCGGAAGUUGUGAGUAAUCAUUGGUAAUAAAUUCAUGAAUACAUUUACAAAUAAAUAAAUAUUGAAAAAUCAUGCUCAAAAAAGAAUAAUGAUUGGGUACAGCACAAAAAGAAAAAUAUAUAUAAAUAUAUAUAUUAAAAAUUAAAAGUCAUCAUACAUGUGGCCCAGCAGGAAUCAAACGGAGACAGGAUUAAUGAAAAUGGCGCCCUCUUAGCCCUCUGGGCGCUCUUAUGGGGCGGCAGAGUAGUGUAAUGGGUACGAAACUGGGCUUGUAACCUAGAGGCUGCAGGUUCGAUUCCCGGAUAGGACACUGUCGUUGUACCCUUGAGCAAGGUACUUAACCUGCAUUGCUCCAGUAUAUAUCCAGCUGUAUAAAUGGAUGCAAUGUAAAUGCUAUGUGAAAAAUGUUGUGUAAGUCGCUCUGGAUGAGAGCGUCUGCUAAAUCCCUGUAGUGUAAUGUAAUGUUGUGCUUCAUCAAAAACACUGUUCUUGUUGAUGAUAAUUACACUUCAUUCUAUUUCCCAGUGAUGUUUCAGUAUGGAGUCACCCGAUGUCCAAUCGCCUCUUUUCUCCGACUCCCACAUACACGACAUGUGUGGCCUGAGUUUGGGCUGCGGAGAGAAUGCGGCCGCCUGGACGGGGUUUUGCUCUUUAAAGCAGAGAGCCGACAGGCUGCACUGUGAUGUUGUGGCUUUGGGGACAGAAGUGAGAGGAUUUGCCUGGUCAGGAAGCACAUUUGCACAAAGUUCCAAUUAAAAAAACGAACUGUGUCCAUUAAGGUUGAAGUAUCCAGACAGAGUGAAGUGUUCCCAGAGGCAGAAUUAGCGGGGAUGGGCAGCUCAGCGGGUCAAAAUGGCGGUUAGCGGCGCGUGGGCGAGCUCCGUGCCCUCUCCUCCGGCUGUGCACGUGCACGUGCGCGGCUCGCGUGGCCGCGGGGUGAAAGGAAGCGUCUGGCGGGCGCCCCGUGUCUCAGAGGGGAACCACGCGGGCUUCACGGUCCAAAAUCCGGGCAGCAUUUAAGAUGCCAAAUUUAUUUUUGAAAAAAAAAUAUAUAAAUCCACUCUGUGGGGGAAAUGAUGAAUUUACUGUGGGCUAAAAUAAAUAAAUAACAGUGGAUCCUGUUCAGUGGCAUCUUUUGAAAGCACAAUGCAUAUAUUUUUCAGUUAGCACUCCUGUUCAGCAUAUUUUUGAAACUGAUGGUAAGAUUUUAAUACUUCUGAUCGGAUUACUUGACAUUGUUUUUAUUAUAUAUCUAGUAUGCGUAUGUGGAUUGAUUAACUAGUAGAUACACUGAUUUUUUUUUUUUUUUUGACAUCUCUGUUGAGUGAAUGGAUGCAUAUUCAUGAUUAUGUUCCAAUUUCAUAAUAUAUGUACUAAAAUUACCAUAAUGAAAAAUUGUGCACUACAGCUGACAAAGUUAUCUCCUGUGACUAAUGGGCUAAAAUCUGGCUUUAAAAUACUUAUAAUUUCUGGAGGAGCAUGCAGUACUUUUAAACACUGGCAGUUCCAUAUUGCUGUGAGAAGGUUUGCACCUUUAACCCUGUUCAGGUCUUGCAUGGCAGCCACACGCAGCAAAUGUGCCUUUUACACCAGUAAUCUUCUGGGAGACGGUCACUGUUCUGUCUAUUUAGGAUAUAAUCGCUUCUACCCUUUCAUCUUGCUUGUCUUUCUCUGUUUUGUGGCUGUCAUUGGAGGAAGUAGUCCUGGGGGUGAUCACAUCCUUUACUGAAGUCCAGCUGAGGGAGAGAAUGGGAUGGAGAAUGCAGGGAAUGCAAUGGUGUUACUUCACCACUAGAGGGCCAGCAGAUCUAUUUAGUUAUCCUUUGGUUUUGUAUCGUUUUGGUCAGUUUCUUGGUUUACGUAUUACAGACAACAGCUGUUGUUCUGCCAGGUUUCAAUGUUCUUUUUUUUUGUUUUUUUUUUUAAGCGAUCAGUAAAGCAGAUUAUAGGAAAUCUUUCAGGAUGACUUUGGUCAGUAGAACGCAGGGUGUUUGGGUGACAGUAAGUUCCAGGUUAAUAAUGCACUGAUGCAAGGAAGUCUUUUUUUCCACACAUACUGUAGAUUAUUAAUGAAUGGAACAGCUUAGCAAGUUGUACAAUGUAAGCAGAGGUCGUUGGGAAGUUUGGUACAGUGCUGGAUAGUCUCUCUAGACAGUUUGGUUAGGCUUGUUAUUAGGCAGAAAACCCAUGGUUUACCGUCUGGUAGGAGUAUGGAAAAAAACCUGGUUUGUGAGGCCAACAGCUGGGGGGAAGAAAGUGAGACACCUAGACAGGCUGAAAGCCCUGUCCUAAUCACGGAGUAUUCACCUUAUUCUUAUGCCCUUUUUUUUGGGUGCUCAACUGAAUGAGGAACUGGGGCGACAGAGUUUAAUAAGCUGCUUCUGCUGCAGAACUGUGUCUCUGCUGCCCCCUGGUGGCUUCAGCUGUCCGUCGGCGAUAAGCCCACGGACUGCACCGCCACGCGGAUGGUUCCAGAAAUGUGCGGAUUAGGGAGUAGAGGUGUGUGUUUUCCGAGCGUGUGACGAAAACGAAGUGGACAUUUAGCGGGCUGUAGACUGUAGUGUGCAUAGGCAUGUGAGACUAGUCUGCCCUGUGUUCUUUGUUGGUUUUGUAAUGUGUACAAGAGGACAAUAAGGUUGCUUUAACUAUUUUGCUUUAAUGUAUGACCUGGUCUCUUAUUCCUUGGCUGUUGUCCUUCAAAACAGUUUACAAACUACAUGUGAUUUUUGGACUAUGAAAAUGCAUUGAAACAUUGGCCUAGUCUUGGCCUUGUUCGUUUACAGUAAUGCAGGCGUUUUUACAGUAAUAUACAGCUAUAUUACAAGAAAUAAAAGGACUGAUGCAGCAUAUGUCUAAUCAGUGGCAAAUAUAACUGAAGCUUGAUUGCAGACUAUUGACAGACUACAGCAAAACAGGCCUUUGAUUUCUUCCAAAUCAUAAGUAUAUUAAAAUGUUGUGUUUAUUGCCAUUGCGCUGUUAAAUCUCACCUCCCUAUUGACUCUCGAGUCUCUGCUAUGUGUGGAGGUUCCAAAUGGGUUUCUACAGAAGGGAUAAUACAUGGGACUCUUUUACAAAGUUUUAAUGGCAUCUGAUAGAAUACUCUUGAGAUAUGGCUAAACCCAAACCACACUUGAAUUGAAGGCAUUUUGUGGGUUUUGUCAAACCAAUAUGUUUGUGUACCUGAGAUUAACAUAUGUUUGGAUUAUGGCCUAAAUGUAUGCAUUUAUAAAAAAUCUGUACCACAGCAUUAAGUACACUAAAUUCCCGCAUGCAAUAUGUUUACUCCAUGUACUAAUAAAUGUUCUUAUGGCUGUUUGUUUUAUAUAUCUGAAAAAUUAUAUAUAUAAAUAUGCAACUUCAAGUGCCUUUGGAAUUGCAUGAAAAAAUACAUAUCAGAACCUUAAAAGAUAUGACAACCCGCUACUGUAUUUUAUAUGUAAGUGCAAUCUGCAUUACUUAAUAAAAACCAUGACGGAAAAA